AGUCGUUUUACCUUUGAAAUUCCACAAAGACUUGACUGAUGACUCAAUCCUGCCUGAAUUUCUUAAUUUGUAGGCUCCAUAUAAAUAACUAACAAGCUCUAUGAAUAUACUUAUGUCUGGUUUCUACAUGGAGGUGAAUCAUUCGGAGCUCGAAUUACCCGGCUUCCGGUUCCACCCGACCGAGGAAGAGCUGCUUGAAUUUUACCUAAAAAAGAUGGUUUUAGGAAAUUAUACGUUCUUUGAAGUCAUUGGGUUUUUGAACAUUUACCUCUACGAUCCUUGGAUCCUACCAGAAAUGUCUAAGAUUGGGGAGAGAGAGUGGUACUUUUUCGUGCCAAGGAAUAAGAAGAAUGGUACCGGAGGGAGACCAACCCGAACCACCAAAAACGGAUUCUGGAAGGCAACUGGAUCGGAUCGUAAAAUAUUUUCUCUAUCUGACAGGAAGAAGCAUCUUGGGUUGAAGAAGACUUUAGUGUUCUACAAGGGCCGGGCACCCGGUGGAAGCAAGACGGAUUGGGUCAUGAGCGAGUACCGAUUGCCUGAUUCUUGCUCGUUGUCAAAGGAUAUAGUGCUGUGUAAAAUAUACAGAAAGGCUACUUCCAUGAAGGUGUUGGAGCAGAGGGCAGCAAUGGAGGAAGCACAGCCUCAGUCGUCUCCUAGUUCGAUUAGUGGUCAACGUCUUGACUUUUUAGCAUCUCCGGCAAUGAGCUUCAGCCUUGUAGCAUCAAAUGCCGAUGAGAACGAAGACAGUAAGGAAGCAAGUCUGAAAUCACCGAUGAUUGGGACGAAGAAGUUAUCGGAGCUCCGAUUACCCAAAAGUAACAUGGAUUGGAGUCAAGAUUCACAGUUACGUAGUCCAUGGCUACAUGAUCUUCUUUUCACUCCUCCCCCCUAUGCCAAUGUACUUAAUUUCCUAGAUUAAUUGUGUAAAACUGUUACAGUGAUACUAAUUAUAAUCAUCAUUAUUACUAGCUAAUUUUAAUAAUUAUAACCCAUUUGGUUUCAUACUUCA